AAGUUAGUGUGAGUUGUAUUUGUAGAAGCUCAGAAAAGGACAAGCAUUGUGAUGUGAGUUUUUGAACUUUCGAUAUGGGCUGUUGCUUCAGCAAAGAAUUAAGUAGUGACAAUGACAAUGAGAGAAUUGGCCUGUUACAAAAAUCUGUGGAAGAGAAGAAACCGGAGAACAAGAUAAGUAAAACUUUAUCUUCAUUAUUUGAUACCCUUGAAGGUGAGGAGCUUCACAAUGUUGAAAAUGGACCCAGCCGAGCACCCGCUGGUGUCACUGUGUGGACUAGAGUUUUUACAAGGUCUGGGCACAAACAGGAUCAUAGAUCAAAGCAGUCACUGAAUUCUGAUUCCUCUCCCACAUAUGAGUUCUUUUAUGGGUCUGAAAAUUUAGAUGAGGGUGACAAGAAUUUAGAUAAUGUUGUUAUUGAAGAGAAUUCUGAGAUUGUCAGUGACCCACUGUGUGUGAGUAGUGAUGGACAGGCUUGUUCUGAAGAUGACCAGCCUUCCUCACAUGUGCCCAUGCCUUCUGACCAGCAGGAGGAAACUUUUGUAAGUGACCAUCUGCAGUGUUACCUGGCCACUUGUAAAAACUCUUUAAUAGAGAAAGAAAAAGUACUAAAUGUUCAAAUCAGUAGUUUUAAUGAGAAUAACUCUGUAGAUGUUUCUGCUGGAGAGUUGCAAAGUAAAAGCCAUAUUUGUGUUGGUGACAAACCCUGUAAGAAUUCAAGGGAGAGCAAAUUUUACAGUAUUUGUGCUAUAGAUCUGGACUGCUUGAACAUGGAAGAGGAACUGUACACUCCCAUGUAUGUAGCAGCUGCAGAAGAAUGUCAUCCAGCUGUCACUUAUGAAGUUUUCCAAGUGGAUUGGCCCUUAGAUAACAGGGAAGAAUAUGCUGCCUCAGAUGCCGUACAGAGGGCAGAAGAGUUAAAGCUGCAGCAUGAAGAACUGUUACCCCAGGAUGUCCUACGCCCCUGUGAAACAAAUGAAGCAUGUAUCGAGAAAAGUGAAUAUAGUUCUGAUAUUUUGGUGGACCGUGAUCCAUCUGAUGAAGCACACAUCAGUGACCCGCAAGCUGAGUCUCUAAGGGCAAAAGUUUGUGCCAAAUUCCCUAAAGAUCACACAGAACAUCGUACAUUACAUAAUACUGGCCUACUCCCUGAAUUAAAUAUUAACAUAGGCAGUGACUCAUUAAAGUGUUCGAGUGCUAGAUCUGAAGAAAGAGAGAGCAAUGUUUCAGGAAUAGGAAGUCAGGUGGAUGAUUCACUUGUUAAUUUACUUAAUGACAUUUCAUAUGUUGAUGGGAAUGGUGAACCUGAGGCUAUAACAGUUAGUGCUGGCCAAAGUUUAAACUCUAAAAUGGAAAGAGAGCCUGACUCUGAAAAGUUAUUAGAAGGCAAUGAUUAUUUUCACAUCAGUGUUAACAGGCCAGAUAGGAUUCUUUCCUUUGGUCUAGAUAAGAUUAAUUUAAGCCCCCAAAGGCUAGUUUCAGAGCGGUCAGGUAAUGAGCAUCUCCCAGUUCAUGCUAAUCUCAGAGAAGUUGCCUUGAGCAAACCUGCUGGCCCUCAUCCUAUACUCCAAGGGGAGCCAGUGCUAAUGAAGGAGCAUCAGCUGGGGGAUGGCAGUAUGGAAACUGGAAGUGUCCAGCAGGCAAACAGAGGUGAGAUAUUCUUGUGUUCUGAAAAUGGUUCCGCUUAUCAAGAUGAAGAUAGAAGGAGCAUUUUAGAGACCGAGAGCGAUUGCAAGAGAGAGUUGGAAUGUUGGUAUCAGGCAGACCUCUGUGUAGGUAGUAGGGCAGACAAGGCUCAGACAGAGGCCCAUGAUUUAACUCAAGUGGAAUGUGAACCAGGCACAGAAGGGGUGGUCCAGAAGACAGAUCUGCUGAAGCUUGAACUUUCACAAAGAAUACCAAGUGACAAGUCUCAUGAUCACUCCAGAUCUCUUCAGGGCCCAGAAACACCCCCUGCAUUCAUUUUAACCUGUACUGAUUCUGAAUCAAGGGAAACAGCUCUACAUGAUAACACAGGAGAUAAAGGACAUGUGAAGAGCUUAGUUGGUACAGUAUAUAGCCAGUCUAGUGGGCCCUAUGUACUAGAAAAGGCUGAAAAGGUACCACAGAAGGCUAAUUAUAGAGAGAUCAGUGAGGAGGACAUAGAAAAUGCCAAGUCAGAUGCUAAAACAAUCUUUCAGUGGGAAACAAGUGUUCUUAAAUGUAAAGUCGUGCCCAGUGGGAACACGGUAACUUGUAUUGGUUCUGACAUAGCAGCAGAUCCUGUUUGUGAAACUAAUGAGAUUGAAAAUAGUUACAAAACUGAUGGAGUGAAUGAAUACCCCGACCUUACUGUUGUGCCCCCUUUAAACCACAGUCCAGUGUCACAUGCCAAGGAGUGGGUUAAUAAUGACAAAGGCCCAGAACUGCAUUUCAUUAACUCUGAAUCAAUUAAAGGUAACAAUGCAUCAGAAUUGAGCAAACAAAAACUAACAUGCAAAGAAGAGAAAGAGAGACUUUGUUUGGAUAAAGACAGUAUUGAUCCUGACAGCAUUGGCUGCUUAGGCCCACGUCACAUGAAAAGAAGAAACACCCAGUCUACAGUUAAAGAAUUCACUUUAAAUGGAGAGAAACAUUUUUCAGGAAACUCUGAGGCAACUUUAAAAAAAAUAGCAUUAUGUGACACUUCUGAGGGGUGUUCCUCUUUUAUUAAUGUUGACUCAAUGCAAGUGGAUAUACCUGCAGCUACUCCUGGUAAUGCUCACCAGGCAAUUCCUGCCAUCCCAGCAGAUAAUAAAGAAUGUGCAGUGCCAAGUGGUGACUGUGUUACAUCACCUACAGAGGACAUCCCAAAUGUAUCUGAAAAUCCCGCAGAAAUGGAUUGGCACAGGAUCCCAGAAGAAUUCUAUGCUCAUUGUUUGAAUAAAUUUUCCUAUUACCCGAUGGGAGGGCUAGCAAGUCAGGCACUUUCGGAAGGACUGGCAGGUGGGUGUGAUAGAUAUCAAGUGGGCUAUCUCUGGGCUAACACGGCCACAGAAAACAUGACAGAAGAUGCACAGAUUUUUAGUGAGGAUCUACACAGUAAGCCCCCGUACUUAGGAAAUACUUCAUUUUCAUUGGAACAGACCCCUUAUCAGCUGCCAGUGUCAGAGGAUGGUGUUGUUUGGGGAUGGCAGAAUAGAGGUGGACAGUUAGUCCCAACAACUAAGGUUUCAGAGCUAAACCCUAAUGCAAAAGUAUGGGGGACUCAUAUGUUACAUUUGGAAGCGAGUAGUGCGGCUGUCGGUGUGAAUGCCUCGUGGGAGGAGGCCCCCGGCCAUCCUGCAGACUGCGACCAGCAGGGAUUGGAUACCAAUGGCGAUGGUGACAAAAGUCAUGAGAAUGCCACACUGUCAGACUUAGAGGAGGCGGACCAGACAGACAUGAGCACUCUGGCUCUGGAUCAUUCGGAAUAUGAACCUCUGCCUGAAAGUAAUGAUACGGGAGGAAAUGAGUCUCAACCAGAAAGCCAGGAAGACCCCCGGGAAGUACUUAAAAAAACAUUGGAAUUCUGCUUAUCUAGGGAGAAUCUUGCUAGCGACAUGUAUCUUAUAUCCCAGAUGGACAGUGAUCAGUAUGUGCCAAUUACAACGGUAGCUAACCUUGACCAUAUCAAGAAACUCAGUACUGAUGUGGAUUUGAUUGUUGAAGUGCUAAGAUCUUUACCUUUAGUCCAAGUGGACGAGAAGGGAGAGAAAGUAAGGCCAAACCAAAACCGGUGCAUAGUAAUAUUGCGUGAAAUAUCUGAAUCCACCCCUGUGGAAGAAGUAGAAGCACUAUUUAAAGGAGAUAAUUUACCAAAAUUUAUAAACUGUGAAUUUGCCUACAAUGAUAAUUGGUUUAUUACCUUUGAAACAGAAGCUGAUGCACAGCAGGCUUACAAAUACCUUCGAGAAGAAGUCAGAACUUUUCAAGGAAAGCCAAUUAAGGCACGGAUAAAAGCAAAGGCAAUAGCGAUAAACACAUUUUUGCCAAAGAAUGGAUUUAGACCUCUGGACAUGAACCUUUACACACAGCAACGUUAUGCUACAUCCUUUUACUUACCUCCAGUGUACAGUCCCCAGCAGCAGUUCCCUCUGUAUGGCCUGAUUGCCCCUCAGACGUGGUCAGCAACACAUAGUUAUCUCGAUCCACCCUUGGUAACUCCAUUUCCAAGUACUGGAUUUAUAAAUGGGUUUACAUCUCCGACCUUCAAACCUACAGCGUCUCCUCUGACAUCACUCAGACAGUAUCCUCCUAGAAGCAGGAAUCCUAGUAAGUCUCAUCUGCGCCAUGCGAUUCCUAGUACAGAGAGAGGGCCCGGGCUGCUAGAAAGUCCUUCAAUAUUUAACUUCACUGCAGAUCGAUUAAUUAAUGGCGUCCGGAGCCCACAGACGAGGCAAGCAGGGCAAACUAGAACACGAAUACAGAACCCUUCAGCUUAUGCCAAGAGAGAGAUUGGAACUGGGCGUGUGGAGCCAAGUAGUCUUGAAUCCUCUCCUGGUUUAGGGAGAGGAAGGAAAAAUUCCUUUGGCUAUCGGAAGAAAAGAGAAGAGAAGUUUACAAGCAGUCAGACUCAGUCUCCAACACCACCAAAGCCUCCAUCACCAAGUUUCGAACUGGGGCUGUCCAACUUCCCCCCAUUACCUGGAGCUGCAGGCAAUUUGAAGGCAGAGGACUUGUUUGAAAACAGGCUUUCCAGCUUGAUCAUAGGAUCUUCAAAAGAAAGAAACCUCAGUGCAGAUGCAAGCACAAACACCGUUCCUGUAGUGGUCCCCAGAGAGCCUUCCGUGGCAGCACCCUGUGCUGUGUCAGCAGCAUUUGAACGGUCCCCUUCCCCAGCCCAUUUACCCGAGGAUCCCAAGGUGGCAGAAAAGCAGAGGGAAACCCACAGUGUGGACAGACUCCCUUCUACCCCUACUACAACUGCAUGUAAAUCAGUGCAGGUGAAUGGAGCAGCAACAGAAUUGCGAAAGCCCAGUUAUGCAGAGAUUUGUCAGAGAACGAGUAAAGAGCCUCCAUCCUCCCCAUUGCAACCCCCAAAAGAACAAAAGCCAAACACUGUCACCUGUGGGAAGGAGGAGAAGAAGCUCACUGAACCUGUGGAGAGAUACAGAGAGCCCACUGCCCUCAAGUCCACUCCUGGGGUCCCCAAAGAUCAGAGGAGGCAGCCUGGGCGCCGACCCUCGCCUCCAGCUGCUGGGAAGCGUCUAAACAGGGAACAGAACACUCCCCCCAAGUCUCCUCAGUGAAAGCCGGAUGCCUGGGAGGGGUCUGGAAGAGCUGUAUUCACCACAAACGAAGCUCUCCCACUCAGUUCGGAAUGAGCCGCUGGUUAGGAGCUUGCAGUGUCUGUGAGGCCCAUGGGAUGCCUGCAAGUUAUUUUCCUUCUGUGAGUCGGAUUUUCCCCCUCUUGAAAAAAAAAUCUAUUUUUCAGGAUUUAAUUAUAUAAUAUAAACCUUAUUUUAGGUUGGUGCUUAACUGGAGGUGACGCAGAAGUCUGUUUUUCAGGAUAGAAAAUGUAUUUAUCCUAACAAAUGGAUAUUUUUUAUUAAGCCUCCACGUGGCUCUGAAUGCAAGCUAUAUAUGAGUUUUUCUAAAUUAAGGGAACUAUGCUACUUCAUUUUUUUUUUUUAAACAACUGGUCUGCAAGUGCAUAUGGGUAGGGUGUCCCCAACAGAUGGAUGAGGGCUGAUGGCGCAAGCAGGGGCAGCCUUGGCCUCACAGAGCAAGGGACUGGCAAUGUCAGGGCACUGGCAUACUGGCACAGGAGCUGUGUUUUCAUCUAAACUGUUAGUUGACAGGAAAUUCUAGCUUUAAAAAAGAUACCUAUGUAUAUACAGUUCUUUUUGACCUCGUGGGCAGAAGGACCUGCAAAGAGCACCCUAGAAAGACCUGAAACCUUUGAGUUUGGAUGUCCUGCGAGCAAGUAACCAGCUUCUCACUCCAGUUCCAAGUGGCUAUUAUGUAAAAUAAAUUCAAAGCACAUUGUGAAUAGAACCUAGAUGGAAAUAGAAACUCUGUUGCCCACUGACAUCAUACCAUGAAGUUACACCAUGAUGUUUUGGUCCCUGUGAGCAGGCUACCUGGCUCCCAGCCUCCAGUGCUUGCUCUGUCCGUGUCCCCCCACGCAUUCUUGCUGGAGAGUCGUGUCUUAACCAGCUCUGUGUGGAUGUCUUCCUGUACCUCUGCUUCGGCACAUGGAUUUAGAAGUACCUAGCCGUGAGAGAGUGGUGUUUGUGGUCCCCCCCUCUGGCUGGUAGAGGACAGAAUCCUUGCUCUUUUUACCUCCAAGACGAGGGUCUCACUGAUUCUUUCUAAGAAGCGUUGCUGCACUUGUGAAGAACAAGGGUGCAGUAAAGUUAGCAAGUUUAUAAUAAAGUUACAGAUAAAUUAUUUUGUUUUAAAAUGCCUAAAAUUUUUCUUUAAGUAUUCUAAGCAGCAGACAUUAAAAUAGUUCCUGCUAAGUGUAACCGUACAGCUUAUUCCACAAAAUGCUAUUUAAUAAGACUGAAGUUUGUUUUGGUUUUUUUUUUUUUUUUUCCCGAGUUAUUUGGUGGUUUUUUGUUUUUUUUUUUGUUUUUUUUUUUAAGAAAAAAUGAUUUCCAUCCAAUAUUUAAAGACUUGAAUUUUAUUUAAACUUGAAAAUGACUUUGCCUUAACUUUUGUAUAAGACAGCUUAGAGCUCACGGAGACCGGCCCCUGGGUUGGUGGGAGUGGAUUGGUUACUCAGUCACCGUGCGGAUCUCCUGGUGGUGGUUUUGCUGAGUACACAUACUGUUGUACAAGAACUCCAGUGGUUUUUGUAACAUACCUUACAGAUCUUCAACAAUUGAUCUUUUUUCAAAUUGUUGAAAAAUCCUGUAAAUGCAAAUAGUCGCUACUGUGUUAAAUCUGUGCACUUGGGAGUGUACUCUGCCUGUACAGUGUAAAUAAUCAGAACAUAUGAGAAAGGUACCCUACAGAGAAGAAUCUGAUAAAAAAUUAUUGAUAUAUUAUAAAUGUUACUGUUGACCUGGAUGUAGAUAAACUAAAUGUUGUGGUUUGAGUAUUAUUUUAAUGUGUUAAGGUUUUUCUUUUCCCCUUAUACUGGUGUGUUGAACUGAUUUUGCCUCUUUGCUGCAAAAGGGAAAUGGGAAGUCUUAUUAAAAGCCUUUGGAUGUUUUCAUACUCUUAAAAAGUAUGUAAGUACAUACUAAUCAUAUCUGAUGUUUAAGGGUUUUGAAGGAGAGUAUAGAGAGCAGAGACUGGCAGGAUCUUCCAAGGAGAGUAAAAAAACAGAAAUGUACUAAUUAAAAUCAUACUUUGCUAAGUGAUUUAUCCUGCCAGAGGCAAAGAUGCCUGAUGCAUGUGACCAUUUCCUUCAGAGCAGCUGUCAUUCAGUUACAUAGGAAUAUACGCAGUGCUGUUUCAAAUGCCUGUGAAAGGAACAUAGGAUGAAUUUCCUUGUAGAUGUCACAUCACUGACAAAAAAAAAAAGAAGAAGAAGAAGAAGAAGAAACAGCCAGCCUCUUGAACCCACACUAGCAGAUACCGUCUAUCUGGAAAGGCGAGCCUAAGGCCUCAGGUCCUUCCCAUCACAUCUUUCCUGGAAGAGGGGCCAGAUUAUGAUCAGCAUCCCUUAUCCCCAAGGGUGCUCUCACAGAGGAUCCUUGGGUUUUAAUGGGAAGUCCUUUCCCCAAGGCUGAGCAUUGCAGCACGAAGCGUGUGUGGCAGAGCCAGCUGUAGAUGCGUGCUGGCUGCUGGCUGGAGUAGGCUCAGUGGCUGCAUGCAGAGCCAGCUGGGCAUGUGCACAAGGUCGGGACACUGUAAUCACUGCUUAGCCAGUGACAGCCUGGCACCAGGAUCUAAAGCCUUGCUCAGAUGUGAUUUUUUUUUUAAUAGCACUCUUUUUCAGGAAGCAAAGGUGAUAUGCCAAAUAGCUGUGUGAUGUCAAAACAGAGACUUCCUGAUCCCUGAGGUUUUUCCACUCAGAAAACAAUGGAGUUAUCACAGUAGGAAGCUGUGGAGGGCGCAUGCAGACUCUUGCUAUGUCACAUACAGCAAGCGUGAUAUGUGGUUUUCAUAAUCUAUUUUUUAAGUUUACUCAUUCCUUUCAGUAUCUCAAGGUAUAGAAUCAGAGAUACCACAGUCACAAAUGACAUUUUUAACUUGUAAAAUUGUGUGAUGAUACUUAAUUAUCAUAUGGAAAUAUGGAAUAGGAAUCUGGCCCCAUUUCACCAGACAUGAAUUUCAAGUGAUUCCGCUCUCAGUAGUCAGUGUCCUGAUGUCUCUGUGAAUCCUUCCUGUCAUUGCAUCACUGGUUGCCACUGGUGGGUGGCAAAGAAAAAAGAAAAAAAAAAAGAAAAAAAGGAAAAAAAAGAGGAAAAAAAGUCUUACAUUGCUGUAUUAGGGUUUCUGCAGUUGAUAUUGAAAAACUGGUCCAGUUUGUCACAGCAGGCGACUGAUGGUGCAUACCUGUCUUUGUGUCCCCUUCAGUGAGCUGUAGUUGUGGGUUUGUGUGCUUUGUAGCCUGUUAUACGGAAAGCAGCAGACAAUCGAAGAUUCCAGGAGUGCUAACAGCUGCGAGUCACAGAACGGGAGUGUAACGUGGAAGCUUGCCUGAGGGUUUCUGUUUCUGUUCUACUUUUCAUUAAGACUGGAAUCAAGCUUACAUGUAAACUAUCGGUAAUUUAAGUUUCCUUUUGUCAUUCAGUGUAAAACUGUCUAAUUUGAAAAAAAAAUGUAGGUUAUGAAAAAUAAAAGAUUUAGGCACUGUUCAA